AUGGCAAUUCGCAUUACAUUAGAAUGUGGGCACGCAUCCAUGUUACGCAUGCGUACCACUCCUCAGGGUUACACUCAUGAUUGGGAAGUGUUUGUGAGGGGUAUUGAUAAUGCUGAGAUUCACCAUUAUGUUGAGAAAGUGGUUUUUCAAUUACAUGAAACAUUCUCAAAACCAAAGAGGGUCCUAAAAGAACCACCAUUUGUGAUAAAAGAAUCUGGGUAUGCUGGUUUUGUGAUUCCAAUUCAUAUUUAUUUAAAAAACAAGGAAGAAGGUAGCAAAAAGAUAGAAAUUUUUUAUGAUCUUAAUUUACAACCAAGUGGUCCUGCUAUCACAAAUGUCAUAAGGCAUACUGAAAUAAUUAAUAAUCCCUCUGAUGAAUUCAGGAGGAAACUAUUAAAAGGUGGUGGUGUUGUUGUGAGCAGUUCUGAAAAUUCAAUUGAAAAGAAUGAAAGCAAAACCCCAGCCACACUUGGUAAACCAAAGUUGAGCGGAAGCGAUUCGAAAAAGCACAAAAAUGCGGAGUCGAAAAUGUCGAAUUCUUUUGCCGAAUUGUUUGGAACCCCGUUGAAACCUACGAAAGUUUCUCAGGAAGCUAAAAAGCCUACGCAGGCCGAAAAGUCAUCGGCUUCCAAAUCGUUAGUUACCCCCGAAAAGUCUGAUAAGGUGGACAAGCCUAAGCUUAAGGAUAGUCCUCACAAAGAUAGUAAAAAAGAGAAGGUAGAUGAUAAAAAGGACAAGAAGAUCAGAGAUCCAUCUAAAGAGAAAAAUCGUAGUAAAGAGAAAUCGAAAAGGCCUUCUAGUCCAACAAAUAAAAGUCAUUCGAGCCCUUCGAAUAAAAGACCCCCAUCACCUCCUCCAGUUUCCUUAAAAAGACCUCCCAGUCCUUCUCUUCCUCCGGCGAAAAGGCCGACGUCUCCGAAACCGAAAGAGAAAGAGCCUAAGAAAUUAACCGUGGAGAAAGAGAAGGACAAAAAUAAAGAGAAAGAUAAAUCGAAAGACAGUUCGAAAAACGUUGCGGACUCUUCGAAGAGCGAGAAGAAGAGAGACAAGAAGAAGCACAAAGAAGAUCGCGACAAAGAGCGUAAAGAUAAGUAUAAAGAAGGUGAACGAUCAGCUUCGAAGGAAGCUGUGAAACUAAACGAAAAGAAAAGUGAUAAACCAGAGAAAUCGGAGAAAUCCGAGAAGGAGAAGAGCCAAGAGUACAAAUCGGCGAAGGACGGAAGAAAAUCGCCGAAACCUCCGAAGGAGAAUGAGAAACCAAAGGAAGAGAAGGUGUUGAAGGCGGAAAAAUCGGAGAAGCCUGAGAAGUCUGACAAAACGAAAGAUGGCAAGAGCGAGAAGGACAGGCAGAAGCACAAGCAUAAGAAGAGGGACAAGAAGGACAAACGAGACAGUAGUAAAGACAGAGAGAAGAAGGAGAAACGCGAGAGAAUAAAAUCAUCGACUGAAAAACAAAACAAUGUGCCUAACUUGUUGCAAGAAAUACCGGAAAGGGAUAGUAGCGACUCGGCGCCAUCGGUUGAUGACGAUUCCUUCACCGAAACUAAGUUAGUGCCUAGCGUUAAAAAAGAGGUGGAAAAUCAGACGGUAUCUACUCCUCCUACGGAAAUGGCUAAACCGUUAUCACCCACGAUGCCGGCGGAUAUUAAGAAGGAGAAGGUUGAACGAAUCAAGAAGGAAAAACCGAAGGGAAGCAAAGGAGAGGAGAAAGAAACUCGGAAGAGGAAACGAAGAAGCGAAAGUAAAGGAGACGACGAGCAUGUGGUUAAAAGGGAGAAGGACAGAGGUCAUUCUACGUCUCCUCCUUUGGAGCCUGUUUCCUCGAGUCAAUCGCCAGUGGUGGUUGACCAGGAAACGGUUCACCUGGCCAAGGACAAGGAUGAUCGCAAUGCGACGGAACAAAUGGUGGAGAAAAGCGCGGAAAUGGAAGCGGAACAAGUGGCUCCGGAUUCGACGAACAGUACGCUGGUCGAGUCGGACAUGGGUGAACCGCCGGUAUUCUCCGAAGACUAUGUGUCUCAAUUGAAGGACUUGCAACAGAAAAUAAUGACGUUGCAAGAUAAUCAAGAGCUACAGCGAGUUGUCCAGGUAAUCGCGGAGACGGGUCAGUACGAGAUCACGAAGAAGACGUUUGACUUUGAUCUGUGCGCCCUGGAUCGUAGAACAGUGCAACGUCUGCAACAGUUCUUCGCGUCGUGACCGUCUGUAGCUUAAAUCAUGACAUCCAUCGUUUAUUACAUAUUAUUAAUCUAUGUAUUGAGUCACUAAGUUAUUUGAGCUUACAACCGAUACUUUCGAUAUUAAUACGAGUCGUAUAUAUGUGUAUGUAUGCGUAAGACUUCAGAAAGAUUCGCAGUUACACCUCCUUGAGAAAAGGAAAACGAUAGAAGAUCGCUUUUGUCUGAGCAUACGUUCGAAUUUUCGUUUUGAUCGCAUUGCAUAAGUUAUGCUUAAAAAAAAAAAGAAUUUUGAGUACGAGUUGCAUCAAGAUACAUGGUAUUGUCUUUCUUCGUCGUCACGAGAUUAGCUUAUUUUCUGACAUUCUUGCAGGUUUGCAGCAUAUGUUAUUUUUGUUAUUUUGUAUAUAGAUAAUAUACAUAGAAUCUGUAUAAAGCACAGAUUUGGAAUUGUACAUUUUAACCAUGUAAAAUAGAGAAUUUUUUACCUGUUUCUCUGAGGAAUAUCGGAACAUGGUCUACAGUGCAUUUAUUCGUGUUAUGUAGACACACCAUAUAUAUAUGGAUAUAUAUAUAUAUAUAUAUAUACAUAUAUAUGUAUUUGAUUUCUUGUAUUAUAAAUAUAAAAGAUUACGUUGAUUUUUACGGUAAUCGGGGUCGUUUGAGAAUUUCGUGCAUCACAUUGCCUUGUAACAUAGAUAUAUUCUUGAUAUCUCGUGGAGAAUUUAACGUGGGUUCACCUACUUGAAUCGCACGCAAAAAAAAUGAAAAAAAAAAGAAAAAAAUACAAAAACACCUAUUAUAUUUAUUGAUAUUUUCAUACGCGUCGUGAUUAAUGUAAGAGCGAGCAAAGCGAUCAUUUGAUAAUUUAUAUUUGUUGGUGAACGUCGACGUACUUUUUGUAUCGUACAUGUAACACUUGUAUAACGAGGUAGAUCACCGUGGUCUAAAAGAAAAAUUAAAAAACACACACAAAUUUAACACGCGACGAUCGUAUAGGUAUAUACCAUGCAACAUUUUUAUUUACUUGUACAGAAUAUUUCGUAAGUAUUAAAUUGAUAGAAUAGUCGAGGGGUAAGCAACAUUGACACGUCAUAGAAAAAUGAAAAAUACAACUUUUAUACUUAUUUUCAAAUCAUUGGUCAUUCAUUUCUUAGUUCACACGUGCCGAUGUGUUUCCCCUGAUCUUGUGAUGCAUUCGGGGUUGUGUUUGCUUCUUCAAACGAGAAAAUGAAUGUUUCACGUAUUUUGCCGAUGGAAAGGAAAACCUUGUACCGCACAAAUUAUAUCAAUAUUCGGUCCGCACCGUGUAAAUGUAUGUUCGAAGUGAAAAGAAAGAAUCCUUUGCUGUCGUAUUAAAAAGAAAAUCCACAGAGCGGUCACGAUGUUGCGUGCAAUUGAUACACCAAAUAGUCUAAUGUUUUUUGAUAACGUUAUCUUAUAGUUAAUGAAGAUUGUACAUUAGAUAAGUACCGUGGUAGUUUGUAUAGUUUUUGCAGGAAGUUAUUUAUUACACCCGACGAAAACGAUGCUUCGAAUGUCGAUCAAACGAACCGGCAGAUUGUUAAAGAGACGCUAAUUAAAUAUGCCUGAAACGCAUAUUAUUCCUUGCAUUUUCUCUCGUCUCGUUGAGAAUCAAUUUGAUUCAUUUCCUACGACAUUCGAACGACGCGUUGCCAAAACUGUAGUAACAUUAAUUUUUCAAUGUUACGAUCGGGGAAUCGUGAUUGGAAAUUCGAGAUCGAUCGUUGAGGAAGUUAUUGAUUUAUCUGUUUUGCGAAACAAAGAUACCUAAUUUCUUGAAUCUAUAUCGUUUCUAUUGGUUUCCUUGAAAUCGUAACACUUUUAUGCUAUCGAUCAAAGAGAGUCUGUUAAAGCUAGGGCAUUACUAGAAACUGCAGGAUAGUUGCUUUAUCUGCAUACCAUUUUUUUAUCAAUUAGAAUCAUUAGUUAAAUAUAUUGUUAUAUUAAUUAACGGAUUCGAUUAUUCGAAUGGAAUUUUGGUUACAAAAGAAUCGUACUAACUUUCGUUGAUCAACACUAUAAAUUUUAUGAUAUCAUUGUUUUAGUUGAUUUUUUCGAAUGACCUUUCGUGUCAGAAAAUACGCUUGCAGUUUUAUCAUUAGCGUGAUACGUAUGUAUUACGCGACAUGAUACGCAGUUUUAGCAACGAGAAAGAUAACGAGAGAUUUUCUAGCAGAAUGUUAUUGCCUUAUCAUGUCCGUUGUGUUUUUUAUCGUUAGAAUUUUUUUUUAUACUUAUACGUGGAUAUAUUGUCUUCGUAUCUUUUUUUUUUGGAUAUGUAUGUGUGCAGUAUAUUUUCCUCCUUUAUUUUUGUUUCGUAGACUAUUCAUGUUUUACAGACGAGAUAUUGUAUAUUUGUUUGUUGCAUGCUCGAGUUUUGAUUAGACGUUAAGUUUGUUGUGGGGUGUCGUAUACGUGUCCAGACUGGCUCGUAUCGAAGUCAUUGUACGAUUACCGAACGUUUUUGAUAGACUAAUUAAUUGUAUAAAGAAUGUGCACAAUUGCGCGAAUCGAGAGAUUAACCGAGGAUUGUCACUGAUGUACAUAGUAGAUAACGAAUAAUCGCGAACUGCGUAUAAUUAAUCAUGACCUACGAGAAAAUAUAGUACAAGACAGUACUCCUGAAUCGAUAUGCCAUUCGGUGUACAUUUAUACGUUCAGUGUACAUUUAAUGAGUACCUUUGGUGAUUAAUAAACAUCUCAUAUAACUGUGCCUCUAUCAAACAUGCAUUGCAAUCUUCUACGAACUUAGAAACUAAGGAAAUCGUGGUAAUUCUUC